AUGCCACCGCGAGGGAACGAUACUGACGUUGAAGAGACGACUAGUUGUGAUAUCUACGAGAUUAUUUCGGAAAUAAAAGGACUUCAGCUUGAAAUAAAAAAAUGCGACGCGAAAAUCGACUUGUUGCCAAAUCUAGAUCUGCCCAAUUCGGACUACUUUGGCCCGCCGCUCCCACCUGAUUAUGAGAAAAAUAAUUUGGUCCAAUACAUCGAAGAGCCAAGCUCCAACACUUGCGAGCAGCGUGGAUAUGGUCGCUUCAAAUGCGAGUGCGGCCGCUCCUGGGGCAGCAGUUUCAGUUACCUCGGCUACGCGCAAACCUGCUUCACCUGCGGAGAAGACGUUCAGCCCAGGGAGAUAACGCAGAUUUCAUACGAUAAGAAGCAAACCAAACGACGAUUCAAGCCGGAGUGGCGACGAUUUUCGCACUCCUACCAGUUCUGCGAAGCAUGCAAGCUCAACCAAUGCGCCUGGCGGCCCGAAGAAUUCAGGACCAACAUUCGAACCUUCACUAACGUAACACCCGUCGGCGGCAAAAAACUAGAACCGAAGAGUUCUCGCCGAAAGGGCUAG